AUGUUCUUCAGCUGCCGCCCUCGCCAAACCCCUCGCCCGCCUCGGCCGCAGUGCCUGUACUCCGGCUGCUCUCACCGCGCCUUGCGAUGCGAUUCAAAGAGCGAGGGCAAGGCCAUGCUCUCGCUCUACUGCAAAGAUCACGCCUGUCGACAACGCUUGGGCGAGCUGAUGUGCCCGAACUACAAGGCGUCCGGCUUUUCCAAGUACUGUGAAGACCACCGCCGCUGCGAGAACCAAGGCUGUCCCCACCAGCGCAUAUGCUGCGAUACGAGCCAGGACUGGCCCUACUGCCAGAACCACACCUGCUUCCACCAUGGAUGCCACCAGAAGCGCGCCUCCAACUCCCGCAUGUGCGUCCAUCACACGCCUCUGUGCCUCAUCCCAGGCUGCGGGCACCCCCGCGUCGACGACGGCCUCUACUGCCCCUCCCACAGCUGCACCGACCGGGACUGCAACAGCGUCAUCAACGGCGGCCACUGGUGCCAGGACCACCGCCUGUGCAAGACGGACGGUUGCGGUCUCCAGCGGGCCGUCACGGCGGGUGGGAAGUCCGAGGACGUCUGCUGGCAGCGUGAGUAA